AAACAUUCCAAGAUGGAGUUGUUGUGUGCGUUGCGACGAUCAUUUUUGUACGGCUAAAACAACAUUGUUAGGGUGUUUAGGUAUGAUGUUUAUAGUUUGGAGUUGAGGAAACUGCAUCUCAACAAAACGCUGAGCUGCAUUCCAAUGUCAUUAUAAAUGGCUUUAGUUCAGAAUGCCCUUCAGUUGCAAAGUGUAUACAACAUGGAACCCAACUUGCAGUGUCCAAGCUCGGCUCUUGCUCGAGGUGUACACAUUACCGAGUACAAAGACACCAGGAUCAAUCCAAACCCUAUGGUCUUCGAAGAGUCAGACCUGCUUAUAGAACAGUAUUUGUCUCCAAAUAAACUGCCCACAGACCCUGACUCUCAAACAGAAAAUUUAACUGAGCGUCUGAUAACAGGUGUAGAGAAUCUGGAUGAGGUGGAAUCGCUGGAACUGAAGGUCAACACAGAGGAGACGAGUCUGGGUAACUUUGGAUCCCUGUUGCCAAACCUCCAUCAGCUCAAAUUGUCAGACAGUGUCAUUCCACGGAUAAGAGACGUGGGAUCAUCACUAAGAAAUGUUCAUGUCAUGUGGAUGUCCCGCUGUGGACUGAAUGAACUUGAUGGAAUAUCUUCCAUGUCUAGUCUCAAAGAGAUUUAUCUGUCAUACAAUGAUAUAUCAGAUAUCAGCCCUUUGAGCAUGCUUGAUACUCUGCAGAUUCUCGAUUUGGAGGGCAACAACAUUGAUGACAUAGCUCAAGUUCAGUAUCUGUCUCUGUGUCAGAAUCUCAAGAGUCUUGCCUUGGAGGGCAACCCUGUCUGUGUUGCCCCGACGCCAGACAGCACAAAGAUUUCGUACAACUAUCGAUCAGCUGUUAAGAAAAUUCUACCUCAUCUUCGGAUUCUUGAUGAUGAGGCUUUGAUUGAAGGUCAGGUACCAAAGGUGAAACCAAAUGCCUUUGACGAUGACUGGGCAUAUCUUCAGGAAUUGCAAAAAGAUGCCUUGAUGAUGGAGGAACCGUUAGAAAGUCAAGACAACACUGAAUCAGAAGAAGGCUCUGCCCCUGGAUCUGCCAGGAAUUCACGACCUAGUACAGCUGCCCUGCGACCCGCUACCUCAUACAAACCAGGCUCUACUCUGAGGCCUAUGUCAGCAUUUCGACCAUUAACCAGUAUGCGACGGCCUGCUACAGUAGACAUUGCUCGACCCACUACUUCUGCUGAUCGACCGCCAUCAGCUAACAGACCUCACUCAAGUGAUGUGGAGGUGGAUCCAGUAAGUGAGUUGACUGCAGGCAUAGUCAUCUGUGGUAACCCAUCACGAGCACUACGGACACGCAGAAAAGCUACCCAGUCUGAUGUCGGGGAAGAGAAAGCAAAAGCCAGAUUAUUUGCUGAGAAGAGCUUCCAAGUAGAACAUUCAUAUUAUGUAGAACCAGAUGAUGACCAACACAUGGCCAGUGUAGUGCAGGAGCUGAAGGAGUGGAGAGUCCAUCAUGAUAGGAGAAUGCAGAGGAUUUUAGAAAGUAAAGCACCCCAGGUGUUAGUGAUAGACGAGAAUACACAAUUAUCUUUGUCAGACUCGGAUUCCGAUGAGGAGGAUAUUGAUCUGUCACCCAUUUUAUUCUCUAGAAAAAACAAUUUAACCGAACAGACUGUUAACACAAACAUUAUCAAACCGGACCUCUCCAGUGCAAGUUUUCACGGAUUUAAACAUGAUGAAUCAUUCGAAUUAGAUGAAAUUAGUCCAGAUAAAAAGUUAGGUUAUGCAGGCAGGCUACCUGAGUUCCUGAGACACCCUAAAGAAUCCAGGUCAAACACUUGUAGUGAAUCGGAAGUGGUGACAACAGCUACAGGAUUGCCAAUGCCCGUCAUCAGGAGCAGUCCGCUCGAACUAGUUUUUCCAAAUUCGAGACCUGCGACAGCACGUGCAGCAUUAGGUUUCUCAAACUCUGCACGCAUGCGGCGACAGCUUCCUGAGGUCCCCUGCUUGCCACCCCGCCCUCCAGUGCGAAAGUCUUAGCAUGGGACCGUCCCACAUUCUCCGUCCGAUCACAUUCCGUCCAGUCAUACUGCUGUGAUAUUGUCGUGUCGUGGUUGUGUGGACCAAGAACAGUGACAGAGAUGAGCCAGGAGCCAGCCCUCUUGUCUAGUCACUCUGUCAAGAUGCGUCAGCUUCUUAAAGUUGUCCAUCGGAAUUGCAAACAGUUAAAAUUCAUGCUUUAUAACACUGAAGCUGUUUUGGAAUAUAUUGCAGCUUUUUUCCAAAGCCAAAAUGAGAUGGCAUAAUUAUGACAGGAGAUGCAUGAUAAGACAUCUGAUGUUCUAAUAUUACAGAGAAAAUAGGAAACAUCAAGAUUCGUUGUAGCACCGUACUUCACUUGUACACAGAUACUUUGUCAUAGCCAGUUUUAAAAAACAUCAGUUACUUUCAGACAUGAACCAAACUGUAGCAUGCAGUUGUAAAUAUAUUUAUUGAUAUAUAUUUUUUAAAAACAAGUUAAUGUUUACAAUUUGUUAUUUAAAAAUAAUUAUAUUUAUCACAGCAUUAAUAGUUAGAAUGACACAAAAGGGUGUUAAAUCUUGAGGAUUAUAAACAUCUGUGGCAGAGUGAUGUCAGAAUGUCCCAGAUCGGGUCAAAAAGUAUUACCGAGUGCUCUUUCUGAAAUGAUCACAUUAAUCAGGGUGUGAGUUGGUCAGCAGAAAAUAGGCCAGGUGCUUUUAAAAAUGCACAACCAUUGUGAUCACUUCUAGAAUAGCCCAAGUGUGAGUGGAAAGGGCUUUGUAAAACUAUUUAAAUUAUUUAUUUAUUAUAUGAAGCCUGUAAGAAAUGGGGGAGGGUGUGCAAAAAUGUGUGUCUUUUUGUUUUGUUGUCCUGCUGCAUAUAAAUAAAGACUAGAGAUUGUGUCUCCCACCACUUCAGAUGUCAUUCCUGCUGGCAUUAUAUAUACAUAGGGAUGAAAUGUAUAGAUCGAGGGAAACCAUAAAUGUCAUAUUCAAUGACGAAAGUCACAUUAUCCCCACGGUGGAAUUGUUUAUGGUAUUUUCAGAGUAUGGAAUAUUGUAAAUGUGGAAUAGUACAUGCCAGACUUGCUCAAUUCAUUGGUUUAAAGUUACAACGGGUUUUUUUGGGGGGUUUAUUUCAUACAAAGCAUCCACAGUUAACUCUACAAUAACCAUUUUACCAUGCAAAUUGCAUCAUCACACACAUAUAUGUAGAUAACCAGUUUUAUCACUUGCUUCAAAGUGAAAACAUGUUUGUGAAAAUUGUUAAUAAAUUGACAGUACUUACAAUGUAUAUCAAUUUGACCACACAUCUGUGAAAAAAAGAUACAUUUAAGUAUAUGGCAUCAUACAUUGUACUGCAAGUUCAGCAUUCGUUAACCACUUAAAACAUGGCAAUUUUACAAAAACGUUUAUACAACUAUAAAUAGGCCAUUUCAUGUAUUUUUGUUAAAUAUAUUUUUCAUGUUGUGAAUUAAUUUGAUUCCACAAGUAAGUUGACAUACAAAAAAAAAAAAAUCAUAUUUCACAUGCUAUAUAUUGUUUGGAGAUGUUAACAAAUGACGUUUUUUUAUUUGGUUGCUAUUCAUUUAAGGGUAUACAUCAUAUAUUUGUUUAACCCCUUCCCUCAAGGUGCAAAUGUAGUUUUGUAUGUUACUCUUAAUAACAACACAAAUCUGUCUCCCAAAAUUGUUAGUAUUGAAGUUUAAUGCACUUGGGUGUGUGUGGGUGUGUGUGUGGGUGUGUAUGUGUUGCUUACAAGAUUGAAAACGAGUAUUCACAGAUUUAUAAUAUUAAUAAUCUGAGAAUAAACCAAAGAUAAUUUAGUUUUCCUGAUAAAAAAUAGUCAAAAAUUGUUCUUGCUUUGAUAAUGUUGAAUUAAUUUGCAUUAAAAGGUUGUUUUGUGAACACUUUGUAGUUCUACCCGCCAAAAGGAAGUGUUUUGUAUAUAAAGUGUAAACCAAGAUCAAUGAGUGUGUUUGUAUAUAUUUGUAUCCUGUUAAGUUUCAUUUUAAAUUAAUUUGGCUUCAGAAAGAAAGUGUAUAAUGAACACUUUUGUUUUAAAGAUCACUUAAUGAAUACAUGUUAUAACUUGUACAAGUUAAAAAGCACUAGGCAUCCCAUAGAUCUGUUUUCUUCAACAAUUGUGUAAUUGUUGCCAAUGAAAUACAAAACAUAAUGAGACACUCAGUUACUGGAUGGGUGUAUCAUAUGGUUAAUAACUGGUGCAGCCCUCUUCACAUUCUAUGGAUUUCAAAGGUAGUUUUAUUUCCAUUCCAGCUGCAACAGAGGAUUCAUUUCAUUCAGUAGUUCCAUAAUCCUAAUCCUUUAUUUUCAGUACCCCAAGGAUUCUCAUUUGGAUCCAGUGCUAAGUGUUGCAUAUUAUCAAAUUAACAGCAGGGGCCUAAUUCACUAAACUCGCAACUUUGUGAUCUCGCAGUGCAAUGCUAAAAGACUUGCAAAGAGGAUGCUUUGUUGUCUAGCAGAGCCUAAGAGACCUUCGUGAAUUAGGCCCUGGUCUUUAAAAUGGGUUGUAGUACUGGUACAGCAUGUACUUAGAAGCUGAUAAAUAUGAUGGUUGAAAUGUUCAAAACAUUAUAUUGAAACAGUAUUUUGCAUCAUACUUCUAUUCUGCAGUUAAUUGCCUUUCAUUGUUCUUCCAUGGAAAGGAAAGAAAAGGCUAGAAAGUUGUUGCCAAACAAGACUUCUUCCAUGCAUAACAUUUCCCCCCCCCCAUCUAACCAAUGAAUUUUCUACUCCCAUAUACCAAAUAAAAUAAAGACGACUGCUCUAGCAUAAUUAAGAAGGCAGGUUUUUUUGUGUGUUUUUUGGUGGGGGUCUAUGCUUUAUAACUUGCUACCAAGUCUUGCAAAUUAUUGUGAAGUACAAUAGAGAAAUUUUACUUUAAUCUUUGACAAUACGAAUGGGGAAUGGGGUGUAUCUCAGCAGUAGUACUUGCCCAAGUUGCGACCUAUUGUUUUGCCACAUCUGCCAAAACCAGAGUCCCACAACUGGCUUAUAAAAGAUCCCUUGCUGCUAAUUAGUGGAGCAGUUUUCCUAUCUUAUGUUGGUGCUACACCAAUUACGGUUUCACCAGUGCACAUCAAUGUGCUUUAAACUGGAAGUGAAUAGAACUGGAAGUUGAUCAUGACACCUUUGAUACACUGGCCACGAAAGCGCAAUGAAGCACUUUGGAACGUGCUACACCAAAUGCGUGUAAUAGGAGGGUUCUGCUGCUUUAAUAUGAUGACAGGUAAUUUACCUGUGUUUUUGAUUCCAUAUGACGCCAUCCAGGUUUCCUUUACCUUUAAAAUACAAAAGUAACCUGCAAAGUGGAGGAUGUGAAUGGCCUGUAUCGCUUUUGUAUGACGUGACAUCAUAUAUAGAACCGAACUGAACUGAAAUGUUUUCGAAGCGCUUGUAACCAAAUUUAAUGUAACAACUGGAAGUAAUCACAUUCAAUGCACCUCGAUGUGCUUUGGGUGUUUAGUCUAGCACCAACAUUAUACUCUAGCAUAGCUGCAGUUUAAAAUGAGUUGAGAGUUGUUAAAUAGUCCUUUCCAUUUCUGGUUCUUAGUGUCCUAUGUUUUAGAAAAUAUGUUCCUAGACUAAUUGACUGAUGACUGUUAAAUCUUAAUUUGAUUAAUGAUUUUACUAGACAUUCUUACCAUGUUCAUUUCAAUAAUAUGUGAUCUUUUGAGUUUCUAGCAAGGUUUUUGAAAAUUAAAUUGGCUCACAUGAAAUAUUGCUUAAAUGUUAAUUGACAUCACCUAAGUUGAGCUUAGUUAAUUUAAUAAUUCUUUUGUCGGUACAUAUCAUAACUUGUUGUCAGUACUGACCAAGCGCUUAAUUUCCUUAAAGCCACUGACCCCAGUUAUUAGGCUAGGUAAAAUAUUUUGAUCUUUUGUUUUGCAUUAAACUUACAGAUAAAAACUACUUAGAUAUUUUUCGUUAUCAAUUUGGGCAAAUCCAACAUGUUUAUAAUCAUCCUGCAGGGUCCCAUUUCACGAAGUGAACUUAGCACUAAAAUCACCAUAAGUGCAUAACAACCGUAUGCACUUAAUGAGAUCCUACCACCAUAGCUCAAAAUUAAUUUUUAUGCAAAACAGAAAAAGUACUGUACAUACCAUGGAUAUUAAAAUCAGUGGUUUUAAGAUUAAUUAAGCAUUUCAAGGUCCCAGGAAUUGACUUUGGAUGCAAACCAGAAUGGAUGUUGAGAUAAUCUGUUAAAAAUUUCUAGACCAUGAUCUAUUUCAUUUGAAGCAAAUGUUAUCAAUAAAUGUAGUUAAAUUUAAUAGUCUCUAUAAAUUGUUGUCUUUACAAACUGUAUUUGAAUAUUUAGUUUGUGAAAAAAAAUGGUUACCUGGAAAUCUUGUACACACAUCACGUUCUGUGCCUUGCUGAUUCAGUUUAUUUAGCCUCCCAACUUCAUUCAAACACAAUGUUAAGACUUUAUUGUUGUAGUGAAUUCUAAUUAACAUGUAAAAAUAGUGUUUGCAUUCUACACUUUGUUGUUAAUUUGUGGAUGUCUAAAUUAAUUUAUUUUAAAUCUCUGUAUAUAAUAUUAAAAUAUACAUUGUAAAUAUUUUUUUAUCUUUCACGAAAACCAAACCAAUGAAUACAGAAUUAAAUGGUGAAGUGUA